GAGAGCCUCAGUGCGGCAGGAAAACCGCAUCACGGCAGCAGGAGAGUGAGCAGAGGAGGGAGAGCAAAACACACCGGUUAUUCAUACAAAAAUACAUGGCCAUGAAAGGAAGAAGCCCACUGCUUCCAAAGAGCCCAAAUAAUGGAAAUAUUGCUGUUUUUAUUGAAGCCGAAGAGAACUUUUCACUGUGAAACCCAAGGAAACCUAUCUUGGUCCGACGGAGUCCAUUUCAACUGUUAGGGAGCAGAAUGGAUGAAAAACACCAAGACUAGCGACCCAUUGUGUCAACGAGACUGUAAAAGGACUAAAACGAAGCCAGCAUAGUAUUUUAUGACUGAAAGGACCCGUGAAUAAUCAUCGGAAAGACGUCUCACCUCUUCAAUUUACUGCCGUUUAUUGUUUUCCCGUGAAAUUCCAGUAGUGGGAUGCUUUCUCGUUGUGUUGCUUCUUAGGGUUUAACAGAACAAUCCAGGGAGAAAUAUGGGUGAAGUUCAGGACGUCAGGGAUGUGAAGAAGACCUUCGUUGCCCCUGCAAUAAAGUCUUUUGAGCACUAUGACUUCUCCAGAGCUAAAAUCUGUUGCAGCCUCACAUGGCUGGUGGCCAAAGCAUAUGGGACAGACAGCAUCCCAGCAGACUUGAAGGACCCCUUCUACACAGACCAGUAUGAGCAGGAGCACCUGAAGCCUCCUGUGGCCAGCCUCCUGCUAUCUGCUGACCUCUACUGCAGGGCCGGCAGCCUCAUCCUGAAGAGCGACACGGCCAAGCCCCUGCUGGGUCACGAUGCCGUCAUCCAGGCUCUGGCUCAGCGUGGUCUCUAUGUCACUGACCAGGAGAGGCUGGUCACCGAGAGGGACCUGCGAAAGAGGCCUCUGCAAAUGAGCGCCCAUCUGGCAAUGAUCGACACUCUGAUGAUGGCGUACACAGUGGAGACUGUGAAUGUGGAGAAGGUGAUGGCCUGCGUUCGUCAGUAUUCAUCCAGCAACCCUGAAGUAGAAACACCUUAUGACACAGAGGACGCAGUGACCACCUGGAUCAACAAGGUAAAUGAAUAUCUGAAGGAUGUUGUGGCUCAGGAGCAGAGGAAGAAGGAAUCUCAGACUGCUGAGCCAGCUGGGAGUCCACGGUCUCCGACCAAGUGGUACAUGAAGCUUGUGCCUGCUCGCUACAGGAAGGAGCAGGCCUUGACCCAGCCGGCUCCCUGGAUCCCCCCAGUGGACAACCUGCUUAAAGACAGCACCGAUGGCUCGGCCCUUGGUGCUCUGCUGCACUUCUACUGCCCUCAGCUGCUGCCACUGGACGAUGUCUGUCUAAAAGACAACAUGAGUCUGGCUGAUCGACUGUACAACCUGCAGCUCAUACAAGACUUCUGCAAAGACAACCUGAACAGCUGCUGCCACUUCAGCCUGGAGGACAUGCUCUACGCCUCCUCCACCAUCAAGAACAACUACCUGGUGUUCAUGGCAGAGCUGUUCUGGUGGUUUGAGGUGGUGAAACCGUCUUUUGUGAAGCCAAGACUGCUGGAAAUCGAAGGAACAGAACCCUCCUCUUUGUUGAAGAAUAUGCCAGUCAUCCCCAUCUCCAAAGCAACUAAGAGGAGUUUCAUGGAAAGACCCCCAAGUCCUGAAAGACCCAGUUUACCCCUCCGCCCCCAACCUCGGAACUCAGGUGAGAUCAAGAGGUCAACCUCAAUGUCGUUUGUUGAUGGCAACCUCGGCACGUGGCCCAAAGAGAAAAGGUCUGGGCCUUACGGAGUGUCUUUUGACAUCCCCUUUGACAAAGAGGACUCUGCUUCUGCCCAUCUUUCCUCCACACGUGGCAUGGUGAGGUCCAUCAGCACUGAUGAUGGCUCUGGUUUUAAAGUCCACCACAUGCCCCGUGGAAUGAAACGCAACCUGUCCUUCCAGCCAGUGAAUGGUCAGAGUGUUGGCAUUGAGGAGGAAGGCUGCCCAGACAGCUUAGCUGGCAUGGAGCCAAGCAGGCGAGCAUACGCCAAUGGACAUGGAAGUGUCAUGGCAAUAACUCCCUCCAUGGAGGAAGCCCUCCAGAUUAUCCACAGCCCGAGUAGGCCCCCAGCGGAGGGCAUCAACAAUGGUUUCUUCCUGCACAGUCAGAACCUGGGGGCUGGUGUUGGCGGAUUAGACCCAGUGUCAGAGGUGGACUCCAAAGGACCUCUGAGUACCACAGACACCACAGAGGUUGACACCGGCAUCCAUAUCCGAACAGAGGACAUGCUGGAUGAAGAUUCCUCUCUGAAAGACUGCUCUGUGAACAUGGAGCUUGAUAUGGACACACCGAGCCCCUGCCCAAGCAAUCAAAGCAAAUCCCCUUCAGGAGUGAAGAUGACCAGCUUUGCCGAACAGAAAAUGAAGAAGCUCAAUCCAUCAGCGCCAGACUCUGGCAGGGGCAGCAGUAGCUCUCUGAAGACAACUCCAGAGGGCUCUGAGUUUGGCCUUCCACUAUCUGUCUCCUGGGCCCCAACCCCCGAGCACAGCCCCAUCCAUCAACACACCCCACCGCCAAUUUCUGCUCAGGCAUCACCCACGCCUGUCCAGCUGCCACCCAACGACCCAGCUCAAGUCAUGGCUACAGAGAUGGUACAGCUGAGGAUGAGGCUUGAGGAAAAACGGAAAGCCAUAGAAGCGCAGAAGAAGAAAGUGGAGGCUGCUUUCACAAGGCAUCGGCAAAAGAUGGGUCACUCAGCAUUCCUCAAUGUGGUAAAGAGAAAAGGUGAUGGGGCUGCUAGUGGAGAAGAAGGAGGGAAAACUGAGGGAGAAGGAAAGUCAGCAAGCACAAGUCCCACCUUUAAGUUUGGGAGGAGGAAGGCAGACACACCUGAUGGGGCAGAACAAAGCACCACAGCCUCCUGCUGGCAAAAGUCACCUGGUGCAGGUGAGGAAGGUGGACAAAGCCAUGCUCAGCUCACUGAAGUGGAUCUCACAGAGUACACACGUUCCAUUGAGAAACUCAACCAUUCUUUAGCCUUCCUCCAGACUGAGAUGCAGCGAUUGGCUCAGCAGCAGGAAGUGAUCAUGGCCAUGAGGGGGCAACAACAUCAGCAGGCAUGGGUCAUCCCUCCUCCACAUACAAACCCCUCACCACAAAAACACAGUCGAGCCGUUACUCGAUCCUCAGGACCCUCUUCUCCUGCCGACUCUCCUCGUUCCACCCACCGCUCUCCAACCAGCAUCAAACGCAAAUCUGCCUCCUUCCAUUCACGCAAUCCUCGCACUGCUCGACCCAACGAGCUCAAGUUAGCACCCUACAACCGAGUCCUAACUGCCCCGCAAUCUGUCGAUAGCAUCCCAAGGCUACGUAGAUUUUCUCCUUGCCAGCCCUUGGCAAGUUCUUUCGUUUACAUGGGGGAGAAACCAGCACCUGCAGCUCCAGAUGGAGAUAAAAACAAGGAGUCAGAUUCACGUCUUUCCCCAGAGAGGGAGGUGGGAAGCGUAUGUGUAGUCCACUCACCUCCAACCUCCCCCAACCUGCAGAACAAAAGAGAACCAACAGAAGCAGAUGCAAAUGCCCAAACCCAAGAAACACAUGCUCACAUCCAAUCCAAGACCUCUGACAAGGAAACAGAUGACCAGAAAGCCAUAGGUCAGAAGUCUACCGUAGAACUGAAAGCCACUAUAGAGGCGUCAUUCCCUGAGGUUCUUGCCCAUCCUGUGGUAGAGACCUUCACGGUGAUGCCCACAGAGAUCCCUCCACAGCCAGAACCAUCUGAACAAGCCAAAGGCAGUUUGAUUGAGGUUCCUCUGUCGGUCGUGAAGCCACUGGAGGAUCUGACAAUUGAUGAUGGUUUGGAAAUGCAACAAGGGAAUGCGGAAGGCUUGGAUGAUGAACAGAAGAUAUGCCGUGGUUUCUUCUUCAAGGAGGAAGGGAAGCCAGAGGAGAACAUGGCACAGAAGAGGGCUGCACUGCUGGAGAAGAGGAUGAGAAGGGAGAAGGAGAGUCAGCAGAGGAAGAUGCAGCUGGAAGCUGAGCUGGAGCAGAAGAAAGAAGAAGCUCGACUGAAGGCAGAAGAGGAGCGUAUCAGGAAGGAGGAGGACAAGGCCAGGAGGGAGUUCAUCAAGCAGGAAUACCUCAGGAGGAAGCAGCUGAAGCUGAUGGAGGACAUGGACACCGUCAUUAAACCUCGACCAGCCGGUGGGGCCAAGCAGAGGCGAGGCAGACCCAAGUCUAUCCAUCGUGACAGCAUGGAUUCACCCAAAACCCCCGUCAGAGCUGCCACAGCAGGUUCACGGCAGCGUGUCUUUUCAGUCUCCAGCUUGUCCCUGGCUUCCCUCAACCUGGGAGACAGCGACAGCGUUCACUCUGACAGGAGAGCACCAAGAAGUUCUAGUUUAGCCUCUGGCAGUCUCUUCUACUUUCUGAGCUCUCCUAAACUGAGAAGGAGAAGGCCAGACUCCGCAGAUGGCUUCCUCUCUCCAAGUCGCUCAAGCAGCAGGAAUGGAGAAAAGGACUGGGAAAAUGGAUCCACCACCUCCUCUGUUACAUCCAACACAGAGUAUACAGGACCGAAGCUGUACAAGGAGCCCAGUGCCAAAUCUAACAAGCACAUCAUCCAGAAUGCUCUGGCUCACUGCUGCCUCGCAGGCAAGGUCAAUGAGGGGCAGAAGAACAAGAUCCUGGAGGAAAUGGAGAAAUCUGAGGCCAACAACUUCUUGGUUUUGUUUCGAGAUGCCGGCUGCCAGUUUCGCGCUCUCUACACUUACUGCCCUGAGACUGAAGAGAUCAACAAGCUGGCAGGUAUCGGCCCCAAGAGCAUCACACGCAAGAUGAUCGACGGCCUGUACAAGUACAACUCGGACAAGAAGCAGUUCAGUCAGAUACCAGCUAAGACCAUGUCAGCCAGUGUGGACGCAGUGACGAUCCACAACCACCUCUGGCAAACCAAGAAGCCAGCCACCCCUAAAAAAGUAGUGCCUGCCCAGUCCUAAUGGAACUUGAUACCCCCAAACAUUACCAUUUCCCCCUCAAAUGGAGCAUAACCAUCUCAAUUUGCACUUCACUGUACAUAUCCAUGGAGAUUCAAACACCUGCAAUGCCAGUUAGAUGAAUGCGUAUUUGUCUUUUUUCAUGUUGUCUUUCUCAUUGCAUUCCCAUCCUUGUUCAUCCUACAGACUCUGGACUGGACAUGAUAGGAUUUAAAUAUAAUGAACAACUGGAAUGUAUGACACUGCUGAAGAAUGAUGUAAAUGUAAGUCACGUCUGUGUUUUUAGAGACUGUCAGGUUUGAGUCAGUUCAUGAAGGCACGUGUGAGUUGUUUUCGUUCUCUAUGUGCCAAACGUCAAAAAAGAGACAGUAUGAAUGCUAGGACAUUUUACUCGGUACACUGAAGCACUGAAUGUUUUUAAUUCAUGUACAGAUUGACUUUUGUUUGCAUUAUCCUGUUGGUGUGUGGCCUUAUGCGUGUUUUGUUUUAGCGUGAGAGUGCAAUGAGAUGAUUGUAAAGCAACAGCUUUUUUUUUCUUUGUAUUUGGAAGAAUACUUUUUUCUUCAUCUCUGUGGGUAAAACAGUUUGUAUAUUAAGGUACGUAAAACUCCAAAGGGCCAAAAAAACCAACUUGCAUACAGCUAGUGUUAUCCACGCAGUACAUGUGUGUUCAGCUCAACAAAGCCAAGCGGUUUCAGCUUUUUCAGAAUCCUUUUUGAGGAAGUGAUUUUAAAGAAUGCAGGACGUUACUCUAGAUCACUGGGUCUCAACCUGUGGGUCAGGACACCUGCAGACAAUUUGCUCUAUAAUGUAUAAUGUGAGAAUAAUAGAUUUCUGUCAUGUUUGCAGUUGUAGUGAAAAAUUCCCCUUUCUCCAAAGUAGUUGCAAUUUAUCAAAACUGCAUGACAGCAAAAAUCUAACUUAGGUGGAGGCAGUGUUAACUCACUGGUUUGUUUGCAUUGCUUCAGCCGUAAAGGUUGACAACCAGUGUUGUAGCUCACCAUGCUGCUGGUUCACAGCAGGUUUGUGAACAAAUAAAGUAGUUAAGUAUUAUUUCGUUUUUAUUAUUUUUGCAAAAUGCUGCCUACUGCACCAUGUAGGAUCUUUACAGUACAUUUAAAAUAAUGUACAAUCACACUCCCAUCCACUGGUAUAAGGAAAAUGACUGAAAUCCAAGACACUUAUGAAGUAUUUUACUUUAUAUUAUGAUUGAAUUAAACUGUUGUACUUUCUUGACAGUAUUAAAUUCCACAUUCCACCUUAAUAUCUGCACUAUAAACUGAAACUAUAGACACUUUUGGUCCACCAAGCACCGAACUGUAGUAGCUCAUAUGCUAGAUUACGGAUUAGUUUAAAAAAAAUAAUACAUUCUGUUAAUAUAAAAACAAAAAAACCGACCAUGCGUCACAGUAAGUAUUACCCAGUUCAUUAAAAAAAGCCACAUCAUAAGACAGUUGGGUCAUUUUCAACAUGUUCGUGCAUCGGUUGCACGUUCAUCGCACAAGUGGGUUUUGAAUUAAACGAAGCAUAAAGAGUGUUUUUGUCUGUCGCUUGUAAAUGCAACAUGUCCUGAAUAGGUCAGUAAUAUGAUGACUUUGCUAGAUUUAUUUUUUCUAUUGUUAGCAGAAUAAAAUUCACAUAAUAAUGCAAGGCAGGAUAGGGCAGAUAGAUCCUUGUUGCUGCAUACGGGUAGAGAUUCAUUACUGGGUGUCAUUGGUGUCGGCGUCAUGUUACUUUUGCCACCAAAUGUCUCAUCAAUGCCAUUUGCGGUUACGAUUUCCGACUAAAUAAAUCUGCUAACAUGGUGCUUUGUUUUCAACGGGGGAUAUUUAUGACCAAAACAGCAUGUACAUGGUUUUUUUUGAAAUUGUAAUCAAGUAUGACAGAGAGGAAGUGUUUCACUGUUGAUUAUUGAAAGGAUUUGUCCACAGAAAGCUCUGUCCACCUGCGUUUGGCUGUUUAAGGCCAAGGUAAAAGAUUAUUUAAACUGUAAUGAUAUUGUACAGUGUGUUCAUGUGAGCUACUUAUUCACUAUGAUAACUUUGUUUUGUUUGUCAGACGCUGUGCUGUCAUUCAACAUAUCACAGAACAUGUAGUCUCAUUUUUGUUUGUUUUCUUUUUGUUUUUGCAUUUAAUAAAAUUAAGCAUGGCCUCAGCA